GCUGACCAAAGGCAGCAAAAAAGGUGCCAAAAAUAAGAUUGUCGACCCUUUCUCCAAGAAGGACUGGUAUGAUGUCAAGGCACCCGCAAUGUUCAACAUCCGCAACAUUGGCAAGACAUUGGUCUCCAGGACUCAGGGAACCAGAAUCGCCUCCGAUGGUCUGAAGGGACGUGUGUUCGAGGUGAGCCUUGCUGACCUGCAGAAUGAUGAGGUGGCCUUCCGCAAGUUCAAGCUGAUCUCAGAAGACGUGCAGGGCAAGAAUUGCCUGACUAACUUCCACGGCAUGGACCUGACCCGUGACAAGAUGUGCUCCAUGGUCAAGAAGUGGCAGACCAUGAUUGAGGCCCAUGUGGACGUGAAGACCAUCGACGGCUACCUCCUGCGUCUGUUCUGCGUUGGCUUCACAAAGAAGUGCACCAACCAGAUCAGGAAGACAUCGUACGCCCAGCACCAGCAGGUCCGUCAGAUCAGGAAGAAGAUGAUGGAGAUCAUGACCCGUGAGGUCCAGACUAACGACCUGAAGGAAGUCGUCAACAAGCUGAUCCCUGACUCUGUUGGCAAGGAUAUUGAGAAGGCCUGCCAGUCCAUCUACCCCCUCCACGAUGUCUACGUCAGGAAGGUUAAGAUGCUGAAGAAGCCCAUGUUUGAGUUUGGCAAACUGAUGGAGCAUUGCAGCCAAGCCCUCAGGGGACGACACCGGGGCGAAGGUUGAUAGGGCCGACGGCUA